AUGCGCGAGAUUGUCCAUAUACAGGCAGGUCAAUGCGGAAAUCAGAUCGGUGCCAAAUUUUGGGAAGUUAUCUCUGAUGAACAUGGGAUCGACCCCACGGGAACCUACCACGGAGACUCCGACCUGCAACUGGAGCGCAUCAACGUCUACUACAAUGAAGCCACUGGUGGCAAAUACGUUCCCAGGGCCAUUCUUGUCGAUUUGGAGCCGGGCACUAUGGACAGUGUCCGUGCUGGUCCUUUUGGCCAGAUUUUCCGGCCGGAUAACUUUGUAUUUGGCCAGAGCGGGGCCGGAAACAACUGGGCCAAGGGUCAUUAUACCGAGGGCGCAGAACUCGUGGAUUCCGUUCUCGAUAUUGUACGAAAAGAAGCCGAAUCUUGCGAUUGCCUCCAAGGGUUCCAGAUGACCCACUCCCUCGGUGGCGGCACCGGCUCCGGUAUGGGCACCCUUCUCAUUUCAAAGAUUCGUGAGGAGUAUCCCGACAGAAUUAUGAGCACCUUCUCCAUUGUACCAUCACCAAAAGUUUCGGAUACUGUGGUCGAGCCCUACAACGCAACCCUGUCUGUUCACCAACUGGUCGAGAACACUGAUGAGACCUACUGCAUUGACAAUGAGGCCCUCUAUGACAUUUGCUUCCGA